CAUAGAGGGAGGGAGCAAGAAAGCUGAGUGGUCAGUGUGGCGUGCAUAACAUAGCAACAUUGGGUGUCUUCAUCACUACUACAAACUUGAAAAAAAGAGUAGUUUCCCAAUAUACCCUGAAAAAUCAGUGUAAAAAAAAAAAAAAAGAAUAGGAAAAGGUUAAAAAAGAAGCAAAUGCUCUUAAAUUUGAGUGGACUUUUUUUUUUUUUUGGUUUCUUCUUUUUCUGUUUGUCCUUGAUAAGAAAUGGUAAAAUAGAAAAUUGUGAUACCAAAAAGCUGUUGUGCUGGUUCUAGCAAAACUGAUAGAUGCUUGCUGUCUCCCGUUUUGGUGGUUCCUCCAACUGAUUCCAAGAUGCUGUUUUACGUUGCAGUGAUUUGUUGAGUAGUAAGGAAGUACAAUUUCUUCAAGUGUAAACAAGAAGCAGAUCCUUCUAAGUUGCCAAGAUGAAGUUCAUGAAACUUGGAUCCAAGCCUGAUACCUUUCAGACAGAUGGGAACAAUGUCAGAUAUAUUGCUUCAGAUUUGGCCUCGGACAUCGCGGUUAAUGUCGGAGAUGUCAAGUUUCAUCUUCACAAGUUUCCUCUUCUGUCCAAGAGUGUAAGUUUGCAAAAGCUGGUUUCUAAUGCAAGUGAAGGGAAUUGCGACGAAGUCAACAUUCAUGACAUUCCUGGAGGACCUAGUGCUUUUGAAAUAUGUGCCAAGUUUUGUUACGGAAUGACUGUUACACUGAAUGCUUAUAAUGUUAUUGCAGCAAGGUGUGCUGCUGAGUAUCUGGGUAUGCAUGAGAGUAUUGAGAAAGGAAACCUUAUUUACAAGAUUGAUGUUUUCCUGAACUCGAGCAUUUUCCGGAGCUGGAAAGAUUCAAUAAUUGUUCUUCAGACUACUAAGUCCCAAUCCCGCUUGUGUGAGGAACUGAAAUUGAUCAGCCACUGCGUUGAUGCUGUAGCAUCUAAGGCUUCUGUUGAUGUUUCCAAGGUGGAUUGGUCCUAUACCUAUAAUCGAAAAAAGCUUCCCGAGGAGAAUGGAAAUGAUCCUAACUUGAAUGGAAUUAGAAGCCGCAUGGUACCAAAAGAUUGGUGGGUUGAGGACUUAUGUGAGCUUGAAGUAGAUCUAUAUAAGCGGGUAGUUAUCACCAUAAAAAACAGAGGGAUUGUUUCUUCUGAAGUAAUUGGAGAAGCUGCCAAAGCUUAUGCAUAUAGAAGGUUUCCAGGCUUUAAUAAAGGUGUCUUCCAAUUCAAUGAUGUCUCCAAAUGUCGCCCGAUAUUGGAUGCUGUGGUAUGGCUAUUGCCCUCUGAGAAAGGUAGCGUCUCUUGUAGUUUCUUGUUAAAAUUGCUAAAAGCAUCAAUUUCACUUGACUCUGGAGAAACGGUGAAGGCAGAACUAGUAAAAAGAAUAGGACAGCAAUUGGAGGAGGCUUCUGUGAAUGAUCUUUUGAUUCGAGCUGCAGAUGGGGAAGGAACCCUGUAUGAUGCCCAUGUGGUCCAGAAAAUACUGGAAGCGUUUAUGAUGAGAGAUAAGGAUUCUGAACCACAGCUGGAAGAUGGAGAUGAAAUUCAGGAGGUCCGUAAGCCAGGGAUUUUAUCAGAAGCUUCAAAACUGAUGGUAGCAAAGCUAGUAGAUGGAUAUCUUACCGAAAUUGCAAAAGAUCAUAAUCUCCCUUUGUCGACAUUUGUUGGUCUGGCAGAGAUGACAUCCAAUUUCCCUCGACCAGGUCAUGAUGGUCUAUAUCGCGCAAUUGAUAUGUACCUUAAGGACCACCCUGGAAUCAGCAAGAGCGAGAGGAAGAGAAUUUGUAAGCUGAUGGACUGCAAGAAGCUCUCGGUGGAUGCUUGUAUGCAUGCUGUGCAAAAUGAGAGGCUUCCCCUUCGUGUUGUUGUACAAGUACUCUUUUUCGAGCAAGUCAGGGCUAACGCCUCAUCUGGGAGCAGUACUCCGGAUCUGCCCAAAGCAAUUAGGGACCUUAACAGUGCUUCAUAUGGAAGUUCAAGAACUACAACAACUAAUACGGAAGAAGAUUGGGAUACUGCAGCCUCUGCAGAAGAACUCAGGGCUUUGAGAGGCGAGCUGGCAGCCUUACGAAUGGGAAAUGGAGGAACGAAUGACAAAGUUAAUGGUGGUGAUGCCAAGAGCCAUGCAGAUAGGGCUGCCAUGAGUAAAAUGAAAGGAUUGCUCAUGUCGAAGAGGCUCUUUUCGAAAAUCUGGUCGAACAAAGGGGGCGGACAAGGGGAGAAUAGUGGCUCAGAUUCUUCCGAGAGUCUUGGAUCUGCUAACUUGGAAGAAGCUAAGUCCACACCUUCAAGAAAAGUAAGGCAUUCAGUUUCUUAGUUCUAACAGCUUUUAGGAAUGCGCUCUUGGUGGUUUUUUUGGAUGGGUUUUUUCUUUCUUAAAAAUGAUAUUAGCAUGUCGAAAGACCAGUCAUCUUUCUCUGAAGUCUCUAGAAGAAAAUGAAGGAUAUAGUUUGACAAAAAGUUUGUAGGAUGAAAUGAAGCCUCUUAUGGGCCAACAAAACAGAGCUUUUAUUGUAUAGAUGUUCUAACAUUUAGUUGUCCAUGCGAAAAUUAGGUGGCUCUUCAAUAUUUAUGACUUUAAUGGUGUGCUACUA